CUGUUUACUUAGAUAAGAAAAUGUACACUUUUGCAUUUUAUCUACUUUUUUCCUUUGUGUGUUUUAGGAACCUUUCAAAUAAACAUGCCUAAGUCAAAUAGACGUUUGCGGCAUUGUUUAAAUAAACAUGUGAAAUGGCAUCUGUUUAAGCCUCCAUGAUUAAUAUAUAGCACCCGUUAUGUUUUAGUCAGUACUCGUUUCUAGAGGAGAUAGAGCGUGGUUGAAUUUCUCGGGACAAUGCUGGCGUUGUUCGCUGUUUUUGCUUUAAUCCAAGUCCCCCACGGACAAGGAGUUCCUAUUUUAAGUCGUUCACCAGAAGAGAACAGACCUCAACUGGAUGAUCCUGAAAUGACAGCUACAGAAAUCAUCGACAAGAUCAACGAAGCUGUGGAUAUCGAGCCCAAGAUGUAUGAAGGUGAUAUACUUAUAACCUUAAAUCCCGGCGAAUCGCCUGAGUUACUUCAAAAGAGGAACGCUCAGAGGUAUAGGCAGUAUCUCUGGAAGACCAAGAUUGUCCCUUACGAAGUCUCGGAAACACUUGUUAAAGACGGAUAUAUGCCAACUAUCCAGGCGGCGAUUCAACAGUUUACAGAACACACCUGUGUCAAGUGGAAACCUCGCCAAAACGAGGAGCGAUGGGUAAUGUUUGUGAAAAAAUCGGGAUGCUACUCUUCCGUGGGUAUGAAUUACUGGAAGAAAGGCUCCCAGGAUAUCUCUUUAGGACGCGGUUGUAAUCAUCAAGGAGUUAUUAUGCACGAGAUGAUGCAUGCUGUAGGAUUCUGGCACGAGCAGUCCCGUUAUGACCGUGACCAGUAUGUGGAGAUCAUGUGGGAGAAUAUUCAGCCUGGAAAAGAACACAACUUCAACAAAUACAAUCUUAAUCGAAUUGACUACUUGAAUGAAGUUUACGACUUGGAGAGUAUAAUGCAUUACGGCAGAACCAGCUUUUCUAUUGAAAACGGCAAGCCCACCAUACGUGCGAUUGGUGAUCCAAACAAACAACUUGGUCAGCGCAAUGGGUUUAGCAAAACAGAUAUUGCUCAGAUAAAUGCAUUGUACGACUGCUCAGGCCCUAGCGGUGGUUGGAGCUCAUGGACAGUCUUUGGUCCUUGCGACAACCAGUGCAGACAUGUGCGCCAGCGGUUUUGUGCAUCACAUGACCUAAACAACUGUCCUGGAGCAGACAAAAUCGGAAUAGAAACACAGGUUGAAGACUGCAAAGAAAAAUGUUAUGGAAUGGAUAGAACAAGCGAAUAUUUUAGCGAGGCUAGAUCAAAAACUGCGCUGUCAAGUAACAUAAGUUCUUUCCCAGGCCCUAGCGGUGGUUGGAGCUCAUGGACAGUCUUUGGUCCUUGCGACAACCAGUGCAGACAUGUGCGCCAGCGGUUUUGUGCAUCACAUGACCUAAACAACUGUCCUGGAGCAGACAAAAUCGGAAUAGAAACACAGGUUGAAGACUGCAAAGAAAAAUGUUAUGAACCAGUUGAUGGUCACUGGGGUAGGUGGUCCAGCUGGGGUGCCUGUAGCGUGUCCUGUGAUUCUGGAAAACACAGCAGAACCAGGCAAUGUGAUGAUCCUGCUCCAAAGAAUGGUGGGAAAGCUUGUGCUGGAGAUGAUAAGCAACUCGGAAAUUGUGUGUUGCGGCGUUGUGGACUGGGUCCUUACGAUUGUGAAUUUGAAGCCGGUGGAAUGUGCCACUGGAAACUGUGUAAUGAACAGUCCUAUCCAAGGUGGUACCGUCAAACAGGACCCACCGGAAGUUCAGGGACUGGGCCCAAGACCGACCACACUUCCGGUUCAGGGUACUAUUUAUAUUUCGAGGCGUCGUCACCCGCCCAACCAGGACAAACUUCGUGCUUUUUCAGUCAGGAAUUUCCAGGGGGGUCUUGUCAUCUUCUGACAUUCUGGUACCACAUGCUCGGUAGUGGAAUAGGAAAACUUAGCGUCCAAAUAAAAACUAGCGGUGGCACUGAAAGCGUGUGGGAAAAGUCUGGUGAGCAGGGAGACAAAUGGAUCCAAGGAAGUGUUGAGAUAAAGAGUGAUUUACCGUACAAGGUAUAUUUUGAGGGCCAGCGCGGUGGAGACUACAGAGGCGAUAUUGCUAUCGAUGAUAUAGCAUUUAAGGAUUGUCCCAGCACAUUACCCCCAGCAACUAAGCCCCCAUCAACAAUGCCCCAGUCAACUAUGCCCCCAUCAAUAGUGCCCCCAUCAACAGUGCCCCCAUCAACAAAGUCCCCAUCAACAGUGCCCCCAUCAACAGUGCCCCCAUCAACAGUGCCCCCAUUAACAAUGCCCCCAUCAACAGUGUCCCCAUCAACAGUGCCAUCGACAACAGUGCCACCGACAACACUACCACCGACAACAUUGCCUCCAACACAGCCCUCAGUUCUAGAUUCCUGUAGCUUUGAUGGGGGAACCUUGUGUGACUGGACUAACAACCCAAGCAAUCCAGAACUCCCUGAUGGCGCCCGCUAUGACUGGCAGCUUCAAAAAGGUGCUACACCAAGCAAAAACACCGGGCCCUCUGGUGAUCACUCAGCUAAUGGCCAAGGAGGUUACAUUUACUUGGACAGCUCAACCUCACAUGCAAAAGGAUCUAAAGCGCUGCUGACCAGUAAAGAGUUUCCAGGCGGUUCUACCAUGUGCCUUCAGUUCUGGUAUCAUAUGUUCGGAAGAAAAGGAAUGGGGAAAUUUCGUGUGUUCAUCCAAAAACGUAAGCGUCGAUGGGAACAGUUUAGGAAGUCUGGAAACAGAGGAAACAGGUGGAACUACAGGCAGAUUACAAUAAACAGGAACAAAAACAAAACACCGUUCAAGAUUGUAUUUGAGGGCGAACGAGGGAAGACUGGGUUGAGCGACAUGGCAGUGGAUGACGUUAAAGUCGUGAGUGGAGUUUGCAAGUGAUGCCGAGAAUUGUAGCAAGGAUCCCACGUGACAGAGUAACGUUACCAGCGUCGCGUGACAUGUAAUAUGUAGUAAAACGUAAAGAGAAAAUAAACGAAAUCUUUAAUUUCACAUAAAUUGUGUGUGUUGUUUGAGUCGUUCGCAUCUCCGUGCCGCCGGCCACUUGAAGCGAACAAACAUAACCACCGGACUAAGGAAAGAAACCAAAAAAAGUGAACAAACCUGUAAGCUUGUGGACGCACUGCGCUGGUGGGCAAGUUAAAUCCUAGCUAAGAAUCAACUUGAAAGUGUUGAUAGAGGUAACGUAUUCAGGUCUAUUGAAAUUGAUUAGUCAGGUUGAUAAUUAACUCGGAUGAACCAAUACAUACAUGCAUACAAGAGGUCUUAUGCAAUGUCCCAAACUAUCAUAUGGGUUCACAAGAUAUCAAAAGACAUUACGUAACAGUCAAUCAAAGAAAGGUAUCACUAGCAGCGCUAACAACCUGCCAUAAUGCAUCACAAAAAAGGUUCCAACCUUUCGGCUAUCUUACUAAAUAUCAGUCGCCAGUGCAUCCUCUUUUCCACAGACAUGGGGUGGGUUCCUUGGGUUGAUCGGGAUCAGGAUCAGUGAUCCAAGAUCACUCAGAUCAUGGUGCAUCAAAGGAACUGAUGAAUCCACUCUGGUCAUGGAUUCAUCAGCUCCUUUGAUGCACCAUGAUCCGGAGUGAUGUCGGAUCACUGACUCAGAGCCAGAUCACUCCAAAGGAACGCACCUAUGAUCUUUCUUUUGGAGACACCAUUUGUUCCUUAAAAUCUGGACUGAGACUAGACUUGUCUUCACUUUUCUUCAUGCUUUAUAUUAAAUUCUCAUUGAUCUUGUGAGAUUUUUUGAUACGUUAGGAGCCUUUUUGGUACCGUUUAAACUCUUCUGAUGCCUUGUCCUUUUCUUCGUACCUUGAGCCCCCUGAGCCCUUUCGAUACCGCGUGAGCCUUCCCUUCUCAGCACUGACGACUGGUCGGCAGUGCAGGGAUCGGCGGCGGAGACCAUUUUAAAGUGGUAGGGCUAAAAAUCUGGCUAAUACAAACAAACGUCAAGGUCAGUGUUUUGCCAUUUAUCUUGCAUUUGCGCGCCAUCUGGAGCCCUUGAAAAAAAAAUCCCAGCAAUAAAAGUACCAGCCCGUCCCCCUCCUCCGCGGUCCCUGGAGUGGACACUAAAACCGCGCACCUCGUCCUUGUAGAUUUGGUACUCAAUCACAAUUUUUAUUUAGAAACUCAGUUUUCCCAAAAUCUUGUAUUGUAUUAAGUUACGUGUCCGUACAGGACUGCCACAAGACCGCCCCCGAUACAGGUACUGUAUCAAGUC